GGGCGAUAACACGCUGGGGCAGUUGAACUCGGAAGCGAAAGAUCUCAAAGCGCGACGUGGUGGCGAAGAUGGGUAUGGUUUUGUGUAUCCGAAGGUCACAGCGCCGAUGUCAAAACCUAUCGACAUGAACAGCGAAGAGCGGGCUACACGAUCGCGAUCACGUGGGAGGUAUGCUAAUCGGUUUGCGCCUCUCAGCUUCAGCGAUGACGAGGAGGAG